AUGUCAUCAACAGUUCGAAGUAAUUUAACACAAGUUGGAAGUGUUUAUCUUGAAAGAGCUUUCACUGAUAUCCAACGGGCAUUAAAUUCUUUUGUUCAUCUUAAAGAUUCAGUUGAAUUGUUUACUUACCCUAGUGGAAAGACAAAAAAUGUAUUAACUCUUGCCGGUACAAUUCCUGUUAUGUAUAAGAAUAAUACUUAUCAUAUUCCUGUAGCUUUGUAUUUAGAUCAAAAACAUCCUUACCAAGCUCCAUAUUGUUAUGUAAAACCAACAAGUGAAAUGGAAAUAAAGGAAAGUAAAGUUGUAGACAGCAUUGGUAGGAUAUAUUUGCCUUAUCUUAAUGAGUGGAAAUGGCCAUCACACUCAUUAGUUGAAUUAUUAAAGGUAAUGUGUCGUGAAUUUGAAAAUGGUUGUCCUGUUUAUGCUAAAAGACAUGCUCCACCAGCCAGACCAUCACCUCCUCAAAUAAGUAACAAUUUACCUUAUCCCAUUAGUGGUUGCCCUAUUCCACAACCUUCUUAUGAAAUUUCUACUACUCACCCAGUGAUUCCACAAAGAAACAAACAACCAAAGAAUGAUUCAGAUUUAGACGGUGCACUUAAAGCUAGUCUUCUUACUGCUCUAGAAGAAAAGUUUAGAGAAAAGAUAAAUAAUCAAGUAAGAGAUAUUUAUGAAGAAAUUAUUGUUUUAAGAAAUUCUUAUGAAAAAUUAAUUGAGGGUGAAAAAACACUUCAUGAAUCAUUACGAAGUAUUAAUAAUGAUCAACAAAAAAUGAAUAUUUUUGUACAAGAUUGUGAAAAAAAAAUUUUAGAAAUUGAUAAUUAUUUAGUAAAUUAUAAAAAAACAGCAACAGCUAAACCAUGUGAAUGGAUUGAUGAAGCAUUAUUAACAACCUGCCCAUUAGAUGAUCAAAUAUUUCGAAGUUAUGUAGCAGAUUGUGUUUUAGAAGAUGCACAAUAUUAUAUAUCACAGGCAUUGAAGAAAGGACGUAUUACUUUGUCAGAAUAUUUAAAACAAAUUCGAAUUAUUUCACAGGAACAAUUCAUUCACCGUGCGACUUUAAUAAAAGCGCGUGAAGCAAAACUUUCUCACGUAUAG